AAAGAAGAAGCACUCAAAAUGUUGAGGCUUUUCUAAGCAAUUAUGGGUCUCUAGCACCCAAAAGAUAUAGUUAUUCAGACAUAAAAAAAAUGACGAAUUCAUUUAAAGAAAAAUUGGGGCAAGGUGGUUACGGUGGUGUAUUCAAAGGGAAGCUACCCGAUGGUCGUUUGGUUGCAGUAAAAGUCCUAAAUGGCUCUAUAGGAAAUGGAGAAGAGUUUAUUAAUGAAGUUGCAAGCAUUAGUACGACUUCUCAUGUUCAUAUUGUCACUUUUCUGGGUUUUUGUUUUGAUGACUCCAAAAGAGCACUUAUCUAUGAGUUCAUGUCCAACGGAUCUCUUGAGAAGUUCAUCUACAACAAGAAAUCAAUGAUAACAUGCCCUCACCUCGGUUGGGACAGACUACAUCAAAUUGCAAUUGGCAUCGCUCGGGGGUUAGAGUAUUUACAUCGUGGUUGUAACACUCAAAUUCUGCAUUUUGAUAUAAAACCUCAUAAUAUUCUUUUGGAUGAAGACUUUUGUCCAAAGAUAUCUGACUUUGGUCUUGCAAAACUAUGUCCUAGAAAAGAUAGUAUCAUAUCAAUGGCAGAUACUAGAGGGACCAUAGGAUAUAUUGCACCCGAAGUGUUCUCUCGGAAUUUUGGAGGAGUUUCACACAAGUCAGAUGUUUAUAGCUAUGGAAUGAUGGUACUAGAAAUGGUUGGAGGACGAAAGAACUUUGAUAAAGGAGUUGAUCACACUAGUGAAAUUUAUUUUCCGGAUUGGAUCUAUGUGCAUAUUGGAGAAAAUGAGCAUUUACAAUUAGACAUGGUUAUGACGGAAGAGGAAGAAGAAAUAGUCAGAAAGAUGGUUUUAGUGGGUUUAUGGUGCAUACAAAUGGAUCCAUUGAAUCGACCAUCAAUUAGCAAAGUGGUGGAUAUGUUAGAAGGAAACUUUGAAUCAUUGCCAAUUCCCCCCAAGCCUUUCUUAUCGUAUCCUUCAAGACAUCUAGCUGAAUUUUUUACCAGAUCAACAUCUUAAUUGCCUAUA